UACUUCGCUGCCCUCGGUGAUUGGGUACGUCGCUAGUGUACAGUAGCCGACAGUUGGUCAAGCUCUGAGACACUUCUUUUCCACAGCCAAAGGACUCGCUCACUGUCCAAAAGCGCAAGUAAUCCACUGGAGGCUCGGUGGAACUUGCAUUUAAAACUAUGUUCUAUCUAAACUUUGUGCGCGUGGGCAACGUAGGGAUUACCGUGUGCUUCUUGAAAGGAACCGCACGCGCGCCAGUCCUCCUAUUUGGGAAAAGUGUGAGAGGCACUUCUGUAAACAAACGGAAAUACACCGGGACAUCUUAUUUGAGGCAACACUAUGGCAACGGAUAUUCUCAAAUGCAUGUCAAUGAGAAGAGAACGGGCCUUUUCGUGGCCCUGGAAGACAUGCUGUUUUACACCAUCACCCAAGGAGAAGAACGAAUCCCAAUCUCGCAGUUUAUCUCCGCCCUGCGGAGCACUGGUCUGCUGAUCACAGAUCCUCGCCUGAAGGACUGCGUGGACAAACUGCGGCUGACGGUGCGAGACUCCAUCACCGAGGUGAUGAUGGACAGAGAGCUGUUUGGAAAGUGUGUUGGAGGGAACAUCAUGCUACUGUCCCAGGCCUUUCAGAAGAAGUUCAUCAUCCCCGAGUUUGAGUCGUUCGUCGGCAACAUCGAUCAAAUCUACAACAAAGUUCAAGUACAGAAGAGAGGUCAGCACAAAGGACAUGUUGCAGACUACAUUCCCCAUCUGGCCAAGUUUAAUCCGGAGCUGUGGGGCGUUUCUCUCUGCACAGUAGAUGGUCAGAGGCACUCUGUGGGCGAUAGCAAGCUGCCCUUCUGUCUGCAGUCGUGUGUGAAGCCUCUGGAGUACGCCAUAGCUGUCCAUGAGGUGGGCUCUGAGCACGUGCACCAGUACGUCGGGAAAGAACCCAGUGGCCUCAAGUUUAACAAGCUCUCAUUGGAUGAGGACGAUAAGCCACACAAUCCUAUGGUCAAUGCAGGAGCAAUAGUGAUCAGUUCUCUCAUCAAGCCUGGGACAAACAAGGCAGAAAAGUUUGACUAUGUGAUGGACUUUGUUAAGAAGAUGUCUGGUCAGGAAUAUGUUGGAUUCAGCAAUGCAACCUUCCAAUCAGAGAAGGAGACUGGAGACAGGAACUACGCCAUUGGCUACUACCUGAAGGAGAAGAGGUGUUUUCCACAUGGGGCCGAGAUGGCGGAUGCUUUAGACUUCUACUUCCAGCUGUGCUCGAUUGAGGUCACCUGUGAGUCGGGAAGUGUGAUGGCCGCCACGCUGGCCAACGGGGGCAUCUGUCCAAUCACAGGCGAGCGUGUGCUGAGUGCGGAAGCCGUCCGGAACACGCUGAGUCUGAUGUACUCCUGUGGCAUGUACGACUUCUCCGGCCAGUUCGCCUUCCACGUGGGCUUACCUGCCAAGUCAGGUGUGUCGGGGGCAGUGCUGCUGGUGGUGCCCAAUGUGAUGGGGGUGAUGUGCUGGUCACCCCCUCUGGACAAGGUGGGCAACAGCGUACGAGGAAUACACUUCUGCCAGGAGCUCGUGUCCCUGUUCAACUUCCAUAACUAUGACAACCUGCGCCACUUUGUGAAGAAGCAGGAUCCCCGCAGACAGGCAGGAGAGGACAGGAACAAGUCAGUGGUGAAUCUGAUGUUUGCUGCCUACACUGGUGACGUGUCUGCCCUGAGAAGGUAUGCCCUCUCCUGCAUGGACAUGGAGCUGAAGGAUUAUGACUCUCGCACCGCGCUGCACGUGGCAGCAUCUGAAGGUCACGCGGAGGUGGCCCAGUUCCUGACCAAGGUGUGCCGAGUCAACCCAUUUGUCAAGGACAGAUGGGGAAACACUCCUUUGGAUGACGCCAUGCAGUUUGGCCACAGCGCUGUCAUAGAGCUACUUCAGGAGUACCAGAAGCAGUGCAGCGAGGCCCAGGCCAUGCAGACAGCGGAGGAGAGCGGCAAGCUGAAGUCAGUGGAGGGGAUGGUGUAAGAGAAGAGGACACUGUCAUCACGGAACAGUGAAAAUACAUGCAAGCCAAUUGUUCAUUCUGACAGCUCAAUGGUCAAUAAUAGGUUGUAGAAGCAAAUCAAAUGUUUUCACUGGAAGAACGAAGGAGGAGGUUAAAGCCUGCACAUCCAAACAGGACAACAGAAGCAAGACAACAAAAUGACCAGAUAAAAAAAGAAAAAGCUCCCCUUAUCGUCUGAAGAGGGGUUUUCACCUGAAACUUUCUCACUUUCCCCACAUUGCUUGCCUCCAAUAGGACAGAAUGGAGGACCUUGACCUUGACUUGUCUCAAUUUGCUUGUAUGUAUUUUUAUUGAAAGAGUUUUUUUUGUAAGGGCUCAGCCGUUCGUCUCAUGGCGACCAGAUACUGCACACAUACAGGUACUGUAUCAGCAGCCUAUCUGUCAAAGCAAACAGACCCCUGCAUUCUCUCUGGGAUGACAAGCUACUAUCUGUAUGUUCGUAGAACGCAAGGCCAACAAGCUUGAGUAUUCCCAGAAACCACAGCACUAAGCAGCUUUGACACAACCACUGGAGUUCACUUUACACUUAACAACACGGCGACUUUGCAACUAGGCUAGAGUAUACGUUUUUGUAUGUGCCAUAAAUGUACAAUAAUAAUAAUAUAAUAUUACAGAAUAUUUGCAUAGGUAAGGCUUGUUUUCAAAGCGACCUCUGUAUACCUGCCUGCGUUUUCAGGUCACAUUUAUAUUCUUAUCAAUUUUACUACACUGUAUUGAUUUUCUCCUGCGGUCAAUAUUAGUGUUUCAAUGUGGUGUGCUUUAUUGCAACCACACCAAUGAGAGUCAAAACAAUAACAGUCACUGAAAAGCGUUAGAAACACUUUGUGAAUAAUGACCUAAUAAUCAACAAAACGUUUACAAAUGUUUGUAAAUGAGAAAAAUACUAUGUUAACACAUCAGACACAUCAUAGUUGCUGAAGUGCUGGAAAUGUGUCCUUCAAAGAGUAAAAAGAUGAAGCCACUGGAUAGAUAAGUGUCUGGCAGGCAAACAAACAUCAGACUCAUCCAGCCAGAGCAGAUUCCCAUGCAGGGGUCCGUUUCUCGAUUCUUGUCGUUGCUAACUGCCUUAAGACCGUCUUAAGACCGUCUUAACGUUCCUUUGGAUUUAGUGGUGAGCGUCGCUGUCGACAGAGAGUUGAGUCGCUCUUACGAAGGACUUUGCUAAUGACGAUAGCAAAGACGCUUUCGAGAAACGGACCACAGGUUGAUUCUUACUCAUUUACAAACACUUUAAAUGUUUUAUUUAUAAUGAAUUAAAUAUAUUAAUGAAGUGGGACUGUUUAAGGGACUGUUAUUCCCUUAUGCUCACAAAUAUCAUAUAAUAAUAAUAUGAAACCAAUGUGUUCACUUCAUAGUAGAGGAGGGGAUGGGUAAGUUAUGACUUUUCAGAAUAUUAUUAUUGUAGAUCAGUCUCACAUUGUUUUGGGAAUUUAACAGUUAGUCGAGCAGGUGUUUACACGUGUUUCCUAAAACCGCACAUUGUCAUUGACUUUCAAUCGUGUUCUCUGCUUGAUACGCUGAAUGUAAAUAGUUUUAUUGACUUUGCUGUAUAAAGGUGAAUAGAACUUUGUAAAGAAUGUUUUUUUGCUUCAUUGUAUUGUAUAUAUUUUUCCAGCAUUUCAUAAAGACCCUUCUAUAUAUGUCCCAGAAUAGAAACAAGAACAAUGCAAUGGCCCCGAAAGAUCUUUUAUUAUUAAUAAAAUGAAUUGUGUCAUGAA